GAUGAUUGUGAUUUGCGUUUGCUUCGCUCUUACCUUUUUUCGUCACAAUGGUGUGCUUGAGGUUUCAAUAUUAAGACUAUCAUAUUACUUUACAUCAUUGACAUUACUCGCUCUGGGAAAUGAUGAUGAAAAUAUAUAGACGUCGAAGUUGAUUGAAGCGGUGUUUUUGAGAUGAGAUAUAUUUCUGAGUGAAUUUGAGAGAAGAAUGGAUUUUGUUUAUUGACAGUAUCUCUGUGGCCGGGCAGAGUUGACGAUCAACAGUUUGAUAGAUGAGAGUGAAUACUUCAAUUUUUGUUCAACCUUGCCAACUCAUCCGCCUCGAUUAUACGUCUUCCUCGGUCAGCUUUCAAAUCAUGGAUUCACUCUUCUCGGCUGUGGGGUCUUGUUGUAUUAAGAUAACUUCAAUUUUAUAUUGGGGAUGCUUCAAUUCUCUCCUACGGCUGAAGGAUAUAACUGCUACGGCAACUACAAUAAGGAGUCCUUCGUCUUUGAGUAUAUUAAGUUCGUCAACAGCAUCUUCAAUCCAGACAAAAGACACGCAACGGAAGGGAUCUCUAUAUCUCCAAACGAUGGGAGUUCUCCAACCGUUAAUGGAGCAUUCGCUCUUGAUUCUCGUCACGACGUUUCUGGUAUACCAGGUCACAUUGGUGGUUUAUCGACUUUAUUUUAGUCCUUUGGCAAAGUUUCCAGGUCCUAAAUUGGCGGCAGCAAGUCUUUGGUACGAGUUCUACUACGAUGUUUGUUGUGAUGGACAACUUACUUUCAAGAUCAGAGAGUUGCAUGAGGUUUAUGGUCCCAUUAUCCGCAUCUCUCCUCAUCAACUCCACGUCUACGACCCCGCCUUCUAUGAAGAACUAUAUUCCCAACACAAAGUUCGUCACAAGUAUGCCUACUUCCUCGAUCGAUUCCAACUUCCCGGUUCAGCUUUCGGAAGUGUAGAUCAUAAACUUCAUCGAGAACGACGCGCUGCUCUCAAUAAAUAUCUAUCAAAGCAAACGAUCAAGAAACUGGAACCUAUGUUGCUUGAUAUGCUUGAUAAGUUAUGUGGAAGAAUUGAAGAGUUUAGGGAAAAGGGAGAGAAGUUGGAUAUGAGAAUUGUGUAUCAGUGUUUUAGUACUGAUGUUAUUACUCUGUACGCACUCAAUCGUUCCUGGAAUCAUCUUGACUCUCCCAAUUUCUCACCCCUCUGGGUCGAAACCAUAGCCGAGACAGUCAAAUUAGGCCAUCUCCUAACACAAUUUCCCAUGCUCCUACCCAUCUCUCUAGGACUUCCCAGAUGGUUCUUAAAGAUCACCAAGCCUGGUUUUGCCAUGCUCAUGGAUUUUCGCAAGGCAAUUGAAGUAGACACCAAGAAUAUCCUCGAUGGCAACUACAAAUUCGAUCCUGAUAAAGGCAAUGGAAUCGAAGGAACAAUUGUUCAUGCAAUUCUUGAAUCUGACGAAAUUCCUCCUUCAGAAAAAGAAUUCGAUAGAUUGUUUGAAGAGGCUUUUGUACUAGUUGGAGCUGGAAGCGAUACAGUGUCUAAUAUGUUGACUAACACACAUUUCCAUCUCCUCGAUAAUCCACAACAUCUGAAAACCUUGAGAGAGGAAUUAAAAUCAGUUAUGCAAGAUAGAGACGCAAGAGCUUGUUUGAAAGAUCUUGAGGGUCUUCCAUUUUUGAAUGCUGUUGCUAAUGAAGGUUUGAGACUUUCUUAUGGUAUAUCAACUCGUCUUCCUCGCAUUUCGCCUUAUGAAGUUAUGAUGUAUCAAGAGUGGGAGAUUCCCGCUGGUACACCCGUCUCAAUGACCUCAGUCCACAUACAUCAAAACCCCGAUAUUUUCUCCUCGCCUCUGACAUUCAAUCCCUACCGCUGGCUCACCCACUCCAACAAUUCCCCUUCCACCCCCCUCACCCCCGACAAAUCACUCGAGAAAUACCUCGUCGCUUUCGGCAAAGGAUCGCGCUCUUGCGCAGGCAUCAACCUCGCCAAAGCCGAAAUCUUACUCACGCUCGCGACCAUCUUUAGGAGAUAUGAAGUACAGGAGUUGGUGGAGACGGACAGGAGAGAUGUGGAGGUGAAGAGGGAUUUGUUUUUGCCGUUUUCCGAGGUGGGAAGGGGUGGUGUGAGGGUGAAGUAUGGAUAGGAGGGGGAUGGGGAUGAUCAUGUAGGGAAAGAGGAAGAGUAUAAGACGGAGCUGGAGAUGAGAAAGACAGAGGAAGUGAAUGAUUUUACAUCGAGUUGUACAAACAAAAAAACAAACAGUAUGUAAAAUCACAACAAGGAAACAAACUAGAUACUCACGCAAGCAACUUUUAAGACAGCUAUACAGGUGAGGUGAGGCUUUAAAUACACAUACACACAAACAAGCACAUACACAUAUCACA